AUGGCUUUCUUCUCUACGCUCUCGAGCUCCAUCGGCCGGAAGAUGCUCCUCUACGGGUUGCGCCACAUCGACAUACUGGACAAAGACCCUGCCGACUUCGUGAGCGUCGAUGUCGGGUGGCGCACUACACUCGAGGUUCGGGACGUUGGGUUGCACGUCAAGAAACUCCUAGCACUAUUACACCUCACCCUCCCUCCCGAGAUCCAGCUGUUGAAAGCGCAAGCCUCGCUCCUCCAGGUUACCUUCGUCCUCGAAUUCGGCGUCCCCCAGAUAUUGAUAGAGGUACAUGGCAUACGCGUAGAAGCUCGGUUGACCGAGCAUGUCGAAGGUGCUCCCUCUUCAAAUACUCGCCGACAGCACACCCAGAAACGAUCCUCGCCACCUUCAACGGCCGCUUCGCCUUCCGCUGCCCCCAACAACCAGGACACGGAUGGUUCAGACAAUGACACCGAUGACGACGACUACGUGCCCACCGUAGACGAGCUGGCCAAGUCAUUCAUAAAGACGGAGCCUCUGGAAGAAAUUCGCGAGCUGCAGCAUGAGCUCGAGUCUCAACCUACGUAUAUGCACGAGUCGGUCGCAUCGAGUGACGAUGGCGAAGAGGCUUCUGCCGGUAUUGGAGCGCCUCUGACGAUCCCAACAUAUCUUCGCAAUAUGUUGAAUACCGCUUUAGAUCGUCUAAGCAUAGUUGUCAACAACAUCGAUAUAGAUGUGGAGGAUCACUUCCCUAACGAUGCCAUGGACUCGUCAAAGUCAAGCGAAACCUCACCUUCUUCUCUGAGCUUUCACAUCGAGCGUAUAGCGAUUGACUCGACCACUGCCAAAGAUGUUCGCAUUGAGGCUGAGUCUACAACGUUGCCUCCCGCCACCUCGAAGCUAGGUAAGCGGAGGAUGCGGGUGGAAAACAUCUGCGGGCGCCUUGUGUCCGAUGUCAAAAAUUUCGUAUCUCAAUCGCAGCUCUCGCAGACGACGUCAUCUCCGCCUACUUCGCGAUCUCAGGCGUCAAGCAGGCAUGAAACCACCAGCGAACCUGCGACGAGUCAAGUUCAAGACCAGCCUGUUGAGUCUAGGCAAUCCAUACAAGAGGAAGUGAUAAGCUCGACAACAUUCCGGAGCGAUCAAGAGGCGUCAUCCAGCCAGAUCGUUUUGCCAACAGAAGUCCAAAGUGCCAUCUCUCACGGAGAAGCUGCCUCACCCAAGCGUUCUUUAUCCCCGGACCAAGCACAGCUAGCGCUGUCGCCGCAAACAACAGACGAUGAUCGUUUUGCAGACGCUACUUCCGAUGACGGCGUGUAUGGUCAACAACUGCAGCCUUCACUCGGCCAGUUUCAGCAAGAUCAUGAUUUCCCUGAUCUUGGCGAGGGUAGUUUAUCGUAUGACGACGAGGGCUUGCUCAACUUCGCGAUGCAGAAUGACAUGCUCAAUUCACAACUUGAGGAGCAACCGGCGAUGGAACAGUCCUCGGAAGCGGCGGCGUGGGGGCUAAACGGUGCAACUUCAAGCCGACAUACUCACAUCUCCGAAGCCGCUAGCGAUGCAUCCGUGUCAGACUUGCCUACUGUGUCUGCUCUGGGUCGCUCCUUUCCAGUCCCGAAUGUGAUCGACUCAUCGUCUCAAUCGGGCCAUAACCAGGCACCCCACAUCAGUACUGACAAUUUGGCUGCAGCACAUGAGCGAACAACGGAUGAUACUCAGGAGCUUUCCGACGACGUGCACCAGCACCUUGAUUCGUCGCCUUCACCAGAUGAAGACAUGGCCCAGUCACGGUUUUUCACGCACGAUGAGGCUGAAAGUAUGUACAUGAGUGCAGUGAGUGCGACGCAGGCUAGUUCCGCUCAUGCUGGGCAUGUUCCCGGAGGCUGGGACUCUUCGUCAGACUCAAGUAAAGAAUCUAGUUCCGAUAGGUCGGAACCGAUACCAGAGGAUAUGAUCUCCGGUAGCAUUUUAGCGCCAUUGCCAGAAGCAGACGAUGGAUGCGAGACUCCACGUCCGGGAAGCCGCCAGAGCUCGGUCUUGCCGCCAAGACCCGAACUUAGACAAACCCCUACGCCUGACGCGCCCGGUCCGCGAAAACAUGCCAAACGGUUUCUCACCAUAGAUGAGAUUACUGUGUGGUUCCCCAUGGCCCUCGGUGAUAAAGAGCAUAAUGAUGCAACAAGUGAGCAAGUCGAUGAUGCGGCAAGCAUGGAGUUUAGUCCUUCCAAUUUGGGUGAAGAUUCUAUUUUCACGGAGAUGCCAGGAUCGUUCUCCAAUUAUGCACAUUCUUCUUCACAUCGUCGAAAGCCCUCCCUGGAAGCGUUGUCUCGCGGACGACCUACCCCCGCAUCCCCACAAACAUCUCGGCCUCCAGCGCAGCCCACGACAACAGGCGUGGCUUCGAUUAUUGUCGAUGUCGGCUCCAUAGUCGGUCAUAUGGACAUUUCCACUGGCCGCAUCAUGGCCGCUAUGUUUGCUAGGGCAACACAAGCUCUCACCGGGGAACUGUCCUCAAGCGAAGGAACUGUGAAAUCGAAGUCCACGGAAACUUUGGAAUCAUCUCCCAUGAGUCUUGAAGUUUCCGUGCAGAGCAUUGCUCUAUCGUGGCUGGAGCACGUGUUGGCGGAAUCUACGCAGGAAGGGCCGCUUUCAGGGCACCAACUGGAACUUCAACCUUCGGAUGCAAUAUUGAGAGCCAAUUUCUCGGCUAUGCACCUCACCAGUGGCAAGCCUUCCGGUAUUUUGCGAACUCAACUUCAUAUUGGCAAGUUCACAUUAGCAUCUUUGGAUCAAGACAUCAUUUCCUUCCACAGCUCACGGCCGAAAUCCAGACGGUCGGCCAAUGUCCCGCUAGAACAACCCAAUCACGAUAUAGAACUGAAGUACGAGCAGGGGCAAGACGAUCGUAUCACCAUCGUCACCCGUCCCCUCAACAUUUUGUUUGACAUCCAGAAACUGGACGACGCGUUGGGCUCCUUUGGUGGGUUCAGCGGCGUAUUAGAGUUGAGCAACUCCAUCAACUCUAGUAGCGCAGUCGCAAGUCCUGUCAUAUGUCCAGCCCGUUCUCGGCCUCGCGGUGUACAUUUUGGUGAUGGUCUACCUCCCCCUGUCAAAGAAUCACCACCCACGAAGUCUCCGAAGAUCGACGUAAAACUCGGUGAGGUAUCUUUGGCCCUCAGGGGGAAGUCAUGUUCCAUGCAACUUCACACGACGACGGUGCGCAUUGCUGUGCGGCAAAGCAAUGUGCGCCUCAAAGUUUCCGAGACACAGCUGACUGGCCCUUACACCGAGGUCGCCCCCAAGACUGCACCUUUCGUUGGAGAAUUGAAAGGCACUGAAAUCAACUUUCUCUUCGCCCCUGGCGAGCAGGAUCUGACUAGGCUAAUAUCCUUGAUCACGCCAUCAAAGAACCCGUACGAGAAUAACGACGACAUUCUCAUCGAAACCCUGCUACGUCAGCGACAAAAAGGCUCCGUACUUCGAGUUGAAAUCGCUGAAAUCGGUGUUCAUGUCUCAGAUCUUGAACACAUGAAAGCGCUAGAAGCUCUAGGGAUAGAGCUGGCGCGAUUGUCCAAGGUCACCAAAUACUUGCCAGAUGAUGAUCGACCUGGCCUUCUAAGCCUCGCAUCGGUGAAACGGCUGGAUGCUCGCGUCACUGUAAAUGAGAAACUUGGAGAUGUCUCAGUCAUCCUGCAGGAAUCCGCAUUAGCACACGUCGGAGUUCCUGCUUUGCUUGCUGUUGAAGUUGGCAAAGCGACUGUCCGGCGCAACGACGAAGUAUUGGUUCAAGAAGUUGUGGAGCUACGCCCGUUGGAACAACUACCCGUCAUCAUGUUGAGGAUGGUGGGCGACGAGAUGGAACCCAUGGUGAAAGUCAAGUUGUUCAAUCUAUGCGUUGAAUACCGAGUCAGCACGAUAAUGGCAGCGCUGGGGAUUGCUGAGGAUGGCACGGUAGACGAUCUGGCUAUAGGCCUAGCCUCAAGCGUCGCAACUGUCACAGGCGCAUCCUCUCCUAAGACUAUCAGCCGACAGUCUUCCCAAGCGAGUUCGCCAGUCACAGCCGUCGCUCAGCCGCUUCAGGUCGAUCUUCUGCUGAGGGAUUGCGCAAUUGGUCUCAAUCCUCGAAAAUCACUCUCGAAGGGUCUUUUCGUCCUCACGGAAGCGCAUGUUACGGGUAAGCAAGCAAAAAACGACUACUCUGUCACGGUGAACCUCCGCAAGGCUUCGAUACAUGCUAUAGAUGACAUAGCGCGCCUAGAAGAAGAACACGGGCCUGUCUCGACCACACCCACUGCCAACGGCCAUUUAUAUGGACUGAAAUCCUUGGGCUAUGUGUCUCUAAGUUCGAUUUCGGCCGCAAAGAUAUUUGUCAACAUUGGAGGUGAUGGACAGGAACACCCCCAGCUAGUAGACGUGGAGUUCAAAAAUGAGCUGUUUGUUAUUGAGUCAUGCGCAGAUUCUACACAGACGCUCAUGACAAUUCUGAGCGGUCUACAGCCCCCAACGCCACCAUCAACCGCAGAACAGUAUCGUAUGGUACCGCUACAGCACAUGAUGGAGUCAUUCACUGGCGAUGGAUUGUUGCAAGAUGAAGAAGCCGAUGACUUCAUGAGCAAUGCUGACUUGAUCGAGGAUGAUCUGCCAAGGGAUCCUACCUUCGUUGGUGGACUCUACAAUUCACAACCCCUGCUGACUGAAGAAGAAAUGGGCGACAGUCUAUUGGGUGAAGAAGAUCUCAGCGCUUUGGCCACACCGCCUGUAACUCGCCAACGUGGCGAUCGAGCUCUCCUUGAGAGCUUCCAGGAGAAGCACGAAGUCACUCGAGGAGAAGAAGCGUUUGAUUUUGACGACGACUACUUCGGAGAGUCAAAUAUUGAACCAAAGGGUAAAGCCCGUAAAUGGGAUUCUGCCAAGAACCAAUAUCAUCCAUCCAAUGAGUUCAAGGUCACAGGCGCUCCACUAAAGGUACGGGUCCGCGACGUCAACGUAAUCUGGAACUUAUACGACGGCUAUGACUGGCCUCGAACACGCAGCGUUAUCAGCAAAGCUGUGGAUGACGUUGAGGCUCGCGCCGAGGAGCGACGGCAUAAGGGACGAGAAGAGGAUGACGACGAUGACUUCGUUGAGCAAGACUUCCUCUUCAACUCGGUUUGGAUUGGUGUGGAUGUGAAGGACGAGAAAGGAGCUCUAGCCCGACGUAUCAACCAUGAUAUUGACGAUCUUGCCAGCGAGACGGGCAGUUACGCGACGUCAACAGCGACACGCUCGACUGGAGCUACUCUACGGCCUCGAAGUACUACCAAAUCUAGGCGUCGUCUCAAGCUCGAGCGUAGUAAACACAAAAAGAUUGCAUUCUCCCUCAGCGGGGUCGCAGUUGAUCUUGUCGUCUUUCCGCCGGAUACAGGCGAGACGGUCAAUUCCGUCAAUGUCCGCGUACGAGAUCUAGAGGUUUUCGAUCACAUGCCCAGCUCUACCUGGAAGAAAUUUGUCACGUGCGCAAUCGAUCCAGCGAAGAGAGAGCUCAUUCGUCCGAUGAUAAAUCUUGAACUCAAUACGGUCAAGCCGAUCACUGAUCUAGCGGCUUCGGAGCUCGUCAUUAAAGUGUCUAUCCUUCCACUCCGCUUGCAUAUCGAUCAGGACGCUUUGGACUUUAUCACGCGUUUCUUUGAGUUCAAAGAUGAUUCCGCACCCGCUAGCAGCCCAGCUGGUGACCAGCCUUUCAUUCAGCGGUUGGAAGUGAUGGCGGUUAAGCUGAAGUUGGACUACAAGCCAAAGCGCGUGGACUAUCGCGGCCUCCGGUCCGGCCACACAACGGAGUUCAUGAAUUUUCUCGUCCUCGACGGCUCGGACAUUACCUUACGCCACGCGAUUCUGUACGGAAUUACAUCGUUCGACAAACUUCACAAGACUCUCAAUGACGUGUGGUCACCGGAUGUCAAGAACAAUCAGUUACCAGGCGUACUAUCGGGGCUGGCAGGCCUGCGACCUUUUGUGAAUGUCGGUUCCGGCCUCAAAGACCUCGUCGUUGUUCCAAUGCGCGAGUACAAGAAAGACGGUCGAAUUGUGCGCAGUCUGGGGAAGGGUGUACACGCAUUCGCUAUGCACACAACGUCAGAGGCGGCACGUCUGGGUGCGAAGGUGGCGAUCGGCGCGCAAAUUGUGCUGGAAGGCACUGAGGAGUUCUUGAACCCACAGACUGCCUCAUCGAGCCGCCAUCAAUCCCUCGACUGGGAUGGCGAAGAUCCUAAUUCCGACACAGAAGAGCCACGCGCCGCAUCGAACUACGCCAAUCAGCCGAUCGGUGUGGGCGCUGGUCUUCGCAGCGCGGUCCGGCACUUCGAACGGGACUGGAACACUGCUCGUGACGCAGUAAUCGCGAUUCCUGCAUCGGUCAUGGAAGAGGGUAGCGGCACGGGUGUCGCAAGGGCCUUCCGUAGACAUGGACCGACUGUCGUCUUGCGACCUGCAGUUGGUUUUACGAAAGCGGUGAGCAAUGCGUUACUAGGCGCAGGCAAUGCGCUUGAUCCCGAAUCGAGGCGUAAGAUUGAAGAUAAAUACAAAUCUUACUAG